GUGAACCACAACGAAUGAAGGACGUCAAUAUAAAUAUAAGCGUCAAAUUCGCACAGCCGAAGCUUGACGAUAAAGGAGAAGCUUAUCCUACGAUAAAUCUAAACGAGGAUUCUCUAGAACCGAAUAUCAAUAUUGCCUUAGAUUUACCAGAGGAGCAGCAUAUCACAGGAGCUAGUGUUACACCGACGCGCAUAGUACAUUUGGAUAAAGAUGAUGAUGACACUAUUCCAUUCCCAGCUGCUCUCAUACCUAACAGUGAUAGAAGCAAUCGUACACUCCAAUACAACAGACACAGCUUCAAAUCGGAUAAUUUUAGGAAAAAAACUGCUCCAGCAUCAAGUAAAGUCAUACGCGGUUAUAAUGGUCGUUGGAUAAAGGUUCCUAUCAACGAGAGUCAAGCUGAUACAAGCCCUGAGAGGAUGGAUAUGGAUUAUGUAUCCAGAGAAGGUAGCUCAACGCCAGUCUCAGAGCCCGAAACGGAGUUAUUGUCUCAGAAACCAAACAAGGAGAAGGGUAAAAUGGUACAUAGUGAACCACUUGGUAGCCCAUAUGUUGAAAGUACAAGUACCAUGCGGUCGCUCAGUACAAAUUCUAACAUACCCGCGAAUCGAGAGGAUGGUUAUAGGCAUGAUGGUUCAGUACUUUUCCAAAAACCAGCGGUGAAGCAACCAGAAGGAUCUAUAGCGAAUACCAUUAGCCAUCAAGAGGAUCCUUCAAUUCUAGAACGGAACCGGCGAUCUAGUACUUCUCACUAUACCAAAUCAAAAGUUGAUAAGGAACCACACCUCGAGAGGGCUGAAGAGAUGCGCUUGGGUGCUGCUGGGAACGCGGGCGACACACAACUCGGACAGGAGGUCGAGGGAGCUGACGAAUCCCAGGUUGUAGAGAGACCACACAGAGUUCUCAGAAAACGUAAUAAAAGCAGCAUAACUCAACUCGAACAGGAGUCUGAUGAAGAUGAUGAAACUACUCAAAAUUUCCAGGAAAACUCACGCAAAGUUAGUAAAAAUCGUAAUGGCGGCAACUCGAAAUCUAGUCCUCCGACUGGCGGUACACCUGCAUUUGAAAGAAUAACAUUGAAAUUGCCAGCACGUCCGAAAAACGGACAGCCUAGUGAGCCUAUCAGGAUUAUCAAGACGGCUGUCUCGCCUCCGAAACGGACUGAGGCGCGACAACAACGGUGGUACAGAGCACCACGUCGUCACUCCCUGAAAGACGAUUCAGAAAAGGAGCAACAGGGAGAGGUUCACUCAAUCUCCCUAGAUAAUAGUCCAUUGAAAGAGCAGAAAUCUGAGCAGGAGCCUUCUACUCCUAAGGUAACUUAUGAACCUGAAAUUAAUGAUAUAGCAAAGCAGCUCGAGAAACCAGAUCAAUCGCAAAGUCAACCACCUCAAGAAAAACCAACAUCACAACCACUCUCACGAAUCUCCUCAACUCCUGUACCUCAACGAGAAAGUGAAAGGCUGUCGAAAAGGUACAAAAAAGAACAUGAUAGUAAAGAUUCCGACCAAUCUGGACAGGUUAUACUUCAAUUCAAGAACAUUAUAGCAGAGUCUAAUGAUAACCACCAACCGAAAAGAAAACCACAAGAAAGGAGAAACGAACGUCAACAAGCUGAAGACUCACGUAAUCUCCUAAAUGAAGCUAAGGAGCUCAAAUUGAUAUUUGAUACUCCAACACCAAAGACACCUUUAGAAGAUAUUGGAAAAUUACAACCUAGACCUGAGCCAACAAGUAAAGCAGUUAAUGGUUAUGAUUUAGGUAUUUACGGUAGAAAAAAUAUCAUUCCACCGAGAUAUGAUGAUGUACCAUCGAAUGAUUUUGCUGAUCAACUCAAACGAAGGGUUAAUGACAUAAAACUAUUCAGCAAAGGUUUCAUUAAACAAGCAGUCGAUAAUCCAGUCAUUGCUCAGGAUACCCUUAUAUUUGAAGAUGGUAUUUCUCUUCAAGGUCUCUUCAUGAACACAAUGAUUAUACCGGUAUUUCGAGCCUUCUGCGGAGAUGACGUUACGUUUGAAUCUUUACACCACAGAAGAUUGUUGGUGGUAAUCACUGAUAACUGUAUGGUUCUAUUGGACUAUUAUAACUUUUCAGGCUAUGAAAGUGCGAAAUGUUUCAGAGCUAUCCCAUUUUAUUUGAUCACCGAUGUUAUGGUACAUGAAAAUCCUCAAGAUUUACCGUUCAUUGCAUUCAAACUUGAUCAUAGAGAUCCAUUCGUUCUGAAUUUCUUUGAGGGUAAAGCUGAGUAUAAUCCUGAAGAUGACUAUAUAUAUCUUUUCUUAGACAACCGAAAUGAAAGAUUUCAUCAUAUACCCUUCAAUUAUUGGCUAGAUAAAUUAAAGUACACAAUGGAUAUAAAGAAAAAGCCAAUUCAUCAAUUGCCACUUAUUGAAACAGUUGGGUAUUAUGGUAAAUUCCAAGAAGGAAAACUCAAGCAAGCAAUUUUCAGAAUCAAAACAGAGGAGAUAAACAGAAUGUAUUUAGGUGCAAAGUAUAAACCAAUAGAUGGAAGGAAACCAAAAGGUGAAAAGCAUGUCGUGCUUUCUAAGACACCUAAACGCCGUUACAAGAAUAAUGAUCAUUACGUUAGCAUUUACUCUGAAAACUCACUACAUCCAAAUAAGAAACAGCUUAGAUCAUCUACAGGCUCAAUACCUCCUAGCUUUUUACCUGCACAAAUGCACGAACACUUACCAGAAAACAGAAGAAGUACAAUUAAUUUAACAGAUAGUCAUGAUUUAAACAUUCCAUCGUCAACGUCAAAAGAAGUUAUUGAAGUUAGUGAUUCAAAUUCAGAAUCCCAUGUUGACGAACCUAUGAAUGAUGAUCAAAUUAAUUGACAAGACCUACCCAGUUGAAAAGGAAGAGUAUAAUGCAAAAAUCCUACAAUUUUUCUUUUAGUUGUAUUC